AUGUCCAUUGAGCUGGACAGGAACGGCAUCCCCCAGUACGCCGGGCAGCCGGAGUACUUCAACGAGUACGAGGAGCGCGCCUGGGACCUGUACCAUGGCAGGACGGGCGAGAAGUCGAAGCAGGCCGCGACGGCCCUGCACUUGCGCUCGGGCCUGUCUGGUCCGGCCUACGAGGCCGUGCGCAAGCUCAAGCAUGACGAGCUGAUCGCCACUGACAAGGACGGCGAGUCCAAACCGGAUGGGCUCACCCUCUUUCUGACGACGCUGAAGAAGGAGGUUCAGGACAUCGCGCCCGUCCGGAGCACCGAGAUCUUCGACAAGGCGCUGUAUGGCUCUUCGGUUUGGCGUGAUCGAAAUGAGUCUAUGGCUAAUUAUGUGACGAGGAGGCGAAAGGAGUUCGCCGAGUUGCAGGAGGUCAGCGCCAGCACGACGAUUUCGGAGGACAUCCAGGCCGCGCUGAUCCUCAGGUUCUGCGGUAUCAGUAUGAAGGAGCAGGCCGCGGUCCUCGCCUCCAACAAGAACGAGUACAAGCUCGCGGGCAUCGAGUACGCUCUGAGGGCGCAGUACCCAGCUGUACAUCGUCAUCAGGACCGACGCGCGGAUCGCCGAGAGCGGUCUGCCUACGCCUUCGCCGCGUCGGACCAGGACGAGAACCCGCCGGAGUUCGACAACGUCUACUACGAGGACGAGGACGAGGACGGCUACUACCAGGGCGAGGAGGAGGAGUACGAGCACGGCGAGGACGACGAGUUCGACAUCGAGAACUACGUCGCGGAGAACCUCGACGAGCUCGGCCCCGAGGAGGCCGAGGCCCUCGCCCUCGUCUUGCAGAGUGGCAGCAGCAGUUCGAGUAACGCUGCCCCCGGCUACGACGACCGGCAGCGCGACGCUCGCCGGCAGCGCGUCGCCAACCUGAAGAAGCGGACCCAGUGCUCCGAUUGCCACCAGUUCGGGCACUGGCAGGGCGAUGAUGUUUGCCCUCGUCGGUCGGGUCGGAAGCCUACAUCGGCGUCUCCAGUCAAGAAGCCCGCUCAGAACUACUUUGCGCUCGAGGAGUACGGGGACGACGACGACGACAGCGCGCCGUCCGAGGUCUUCAUGGUUCUGAAGGGCGAGAUGGAGCACGCCUGCGAGCACGUGGCCGACGACGCCUGCGAGAAGGUCGUCCGCGGCUUCAACAAGACCACCAGGUACAUCACAUGCAAGGAGUGCGACCGCCACUUCACGCUCGCCCACCGCAACAAGGGGCUUGAGCUGUGGAGCUACUUCAUGACGGUCUUGAUGGGCACGAAGUGGGGCCGCUUCCUGUUCCACAGGGAGUUCGCGAAGCGGAUCGCCGUGGUGGUCGACGCCCUGAUGGUUCAGGGUCGCCUCCCAUCUACGUAUUCGAGGCAGGCGGCGGCGCCCGCGGCGCGACGCAUUACCGGCAAGCAGCGGCUAUUCGGCCGGCAGGCUGCAGGAGGCGAUAAACCACGUGCAUCUACACCGGCGGCCGCUUCUGCGGCCAGUUCUACGAGGCCGAGUGCUACUGGAUCAGCAUCGGCCGCGCCACCUACACCCGAGAAGCACACCAUCAAGGUCGACCUGACCAAGGGCGACCCCGAGCCGAAGCCGGGACCGGAGCUGGCCUUCCUGUACGGCAUCCCGCUCCACCACAGCACCGAGCUGGCGGAGUUCCCGGAGCUCGAUGGCGUCGACCAGCUCAACCCGGUCCCGUACCCAGCGGAGGUCAUCAACUUCGGCACGCACAAGGGGCGAACCUUCCAGGAUGCGGCGUCCGACCCGGCGCUCAUCUGGCAUAACAAGUGGGCUCUGGAUCAGGCCUUGGACCCCGAGGCGGAGGAGAUCAACCCCCACUUGUACCGCUACGCGCACUUCCUCUACGCCAUCGUGAAGGUCGCGCGUGGCAAGUUCAACGUUGCCCCGCAGCAGAUGAUCGACAGCGACAAGAGGAGGCUCACCACCGACAACGACUGGAUGGAGGCCAACGCCGGCGGCUUCACCAUCCCGGUUCAGCCCAACAUCCAUCAGCCGGACGUCAUCUCCACCUACGAGUGCUCGGUCAUGGUCGCCACUACCGGCAACGCCUUCUCGGCGCACGACAACGACGCCGACGCCAUGCUCGCCAUCAUCGACACGGGCUGCACGCGCACCAUGCACCGCGAGUCGUGGCGGGCAGCCUUCGAGCGCAAGCUCGCGAGGCGCGGUCUUCAGGUAGUGAAGACCCCGACCUCCCGCACAUUCAGAGGGGUCGGCGGCCGCGCGAGGAGCACCACGGCGGUUCGUUUUCCCGUGGGCAUCGGCGGGAAGUGCGGCGAGAUCUUGUCGCGUGAGGUGCUGGGCGACUGCCCGAUGCUGCUCAGCAGGGACAUGAUCACCAAGCUCGGGCUGAGCACGCGGCUCUCCGCAGAGGGCGAUGUCGCCGACUUCGCCAACAUCGGCGUCUACAACCUGAAGCUCCACCACACCAAGGUGGGCCACCCGGCGGUCAACCUCCAUGACCUGCCGAACGAGAGCUACGAGACGGCCGAUUGGGCGGCGCUGACGGUGCCCGAGGACCACCACCUCGAGUACUUCCCCGAGCAAUUCCACGUCGGCAUCACCUCCAUCGAGGAGAGCUCGGCUGAGCCUCUCCCCAGCUUCCUGGACAUCGAGAUCGGCGAGACCACAGACGACGAGUGCCUCCAGACGGUCGUCGACCACGACUACGGACUGGACGUCUUCGCCGCCGAGGCCAUCGAGUGGGGCGGCAAGCGCAACCUCACCAACAAGAAGUCCAAGAAGCUCGAGCACUCCCUGCAGGCCAUCGCCGUGCAGGACGAGGUGGUGCAGGCCGUCGUGGAGAAGCAUCCGCCGAGGGCCCGGCUGCCUGCCGGUGCCCGGGCGUGGGUCAAGCAGACCUACGCCGGCCAGAUGGGCUUGACAGUGCUCAUGGCCGCGAUGGGCCUCUCGGUCGGCGUCCCGCUGGACAAGCGCGCGGGCUGGGGCGCUACCACCAGGCUGGGCAGGCAGAGGUACGACGCGGAGAUCACCAACGAGGAGCCGUACUGCCUCAUGGUCUCGCACCCCUGCUCGCCGUGGGGCAACUGGAGCAGAUUCAACAUGGCUCGUUGCCCGGAGUCCGAGAGGAAGAUCUUGGCCAAGCGCGAGGAGAACCGCCCUAUUCUCAGGCAGGUGGACUCCUCAGUGGACAGCCGAGUGCGGAGGGGCUUCCACGUGGCGCUGGAGCAUCCCCAGGGCUCCGAGGCCUUCGACCAGCCGGAGAUGUCGAGGAUUCGUUCUCUCCUGGACACGGGCAUCCUGAAGAAGGUCACCUUCGACGGCGGCCAGGUUGAGCACCGCGAUGCUGAGUCAGGCUUGGCUCAUCGCAAGCCCAUGAUGAUCAUUACCACCAUGGACACGCUGGUCGAGGCCCUUUCCGAUAAGAAGUGCAGCUGCACCCAGCACGAGCAGCUCAAGGGCCACAACAAGUUCGGGCCGCGCACCCUGCAAGCGGCCGAGUGGCCGGAGGAGCUCAACCACAUCGUCGCCCGCAGCAUCGUACAGCAGGCCAUCGUCGACAACGCCACGGACACCGACUGGCAGUUCCCAGCCGAGGACGGUCAGUACGUGUUCAACUACGCCAUCCAGCUGGGCACCUUCCACGCCUACGACGCGGCCGGGUUCGCCUCCGAGGACGAGCUGCUCGCCGUGCACACCUACGUGAACCCGGACCUGCUGUCCCUCCGGUCGCUGAAGGGGGCCAGGCACUAUAUCGACAUCCGGGCCGACACGGCGGCAGCCUCGCCCGCCCCGAUGCCCAGGCCGCAACGGCACGCGGCUGGCCACGGAGGGGUGGUUGGGGGCGCGCUCGGAUCUGCCGGGCCAGGGCCUGAUGCAAAUUUCGACCUCGACGAGUUCAACACCGAGGAUGCCAUCGACAAGCCGGCGCCCCCGGACGACGAGAUGGGCGUGGGCCUGGAGCGCGGGGAGAACGGCAGAGGCCUGCCGCUUACCCAGCUGGACAGAGCCAUGCGCGAUCCGGAGUUCUUCACCAGCGACUACAAGCCGGACCUGGCUGUCGCCUACGAGUGGCGUCGCACCGACUACGGCAUCAAGAAGUUCAUCGCCACGGACAUGCGUGGCCCUCGCUGGUCCAAGGUGCUUCGCCGCAUCACCAGGGACAUCAAGACGGGCAUCGUGAUCGAUGACAUCGACGUCAGAGGUCUUGCUCUUCGCGACGCUCGCCUUCGCCGGCCUCUGCCUGGUGGCAUCACCGCGGUCGAGACCAUCUUCGUCCACACCGACGAGGACGUGGGCGCGAACGACGCCGUCGAGUUCGCCUACCUCACCAAGGGCGCGGUCCGCUCCGAGAUCAGACUUCAAGAUCUCGCCCCAGAGCAGAAGAAGGAGUUCGACCAGGCCAUGGCCAAGGAGUGGCGCAGCUGGACCGAGUUCCAGGCCGUCGAGGUGCUGAGCUCCAACCAGGCCAAGGAGCUCCUCGACAGGGGUGCCUCCCCGGUUGGGACGCGCUGGGUUCACACGGACAAGAACGCCAAGAAGCGCAACCCCAAGCAGACCUACGACGACAUCCCGCUCGCUGCCAAGAGUCGGCUCGUCGUGCAGGGCUGCCAGGAUGCGGGCAGGCAGUGGUGGCUGCAUCUGCGCGCCAUCCUCGUGGAGCAGGGUUGGCGCGAGUCCAUCUACGAGCCCUGCCAAUUCAUGCUCAGGCAGUUCGAGCGCGUGAUGGAUAUCAUCAAGGAUAAGAUCCACCUCUCCUUCCAGUCCGGCACGUUCAGGUACUGCGGCAAGGUCGUGGAGCAGGACAGCCAGACCUUCGACAUCAAGAUCGGCCAGGCCGCCACGGUCGAGGCGCUGGAGCACAUCGCCCUCGAGCCACACCGCCGGCGCAAGCCCAAUGCGCCGCUCACCCCGGAGGAGAUCUCUGCCCUCCGUAGCGGCGUUGGGUCGCUUGGCUGGGUAGCGCGGCAGACGCGCCCUGAUCUGGCCGUCCACGCUUCGCUUGGGGCUCAGUCCAUGAGUGGUCCCAAGAUCCGCGACAUCGUCGCAGUGAACCGCGCCAUCAAGAUGGCCAAGGACGACGUCGACUUCAAGCUGGUGUUCUCGUCCAGCCUGGACUGGGACAGCGCGAUCGUGUUCGGCUGCGGUGACAGCAGCCACGGCAACAUCGACGACCUGACGCUGGGCGAGAAGGUCAAGUCGCAGUGCGGCUGCGUCAUCGGCAUGGCGUCGCCCGACCUCGAGAUGGACACCGCCGCGAUCAUCCACCCGCUGGAAUGGGCCAUUGCGACGAUCAAGCGAGUGGUUCGCGGGUCGCUCGCAGCUGAGUGCAACGGCUUCCUGACGACGGCCGAGAGCGCGGAGUUCCUCAAGCAUGUGAUCGCCGAGAUCUCCGACCCCGGCUACUCGUCCUACCAGUUCGACCCGUUCUUCGACGGCAAGCACUUGCUGCUGCUGACGGACGCGAGCGGCCUCGUCACCUCCUUGGAGAAGGACGGUGGUCAGCCCGCUGAUAAGCGGGUGCGGAUUCUGAUGGCCCAGAUCCGCCAGCUGCUCGGCCAUGACGUGCUGAAGCAGGAGCGCGAGAGUGAUGACUGGAGGAUGCGCGUCAGGUGGAUCGACACGAAGUUGAUGAUCGCGGACGCCUUGACGAAGGCCGAUGCUGAGAGGGGCUUCCUGCUCGAGCGGCUGACCGAGGGCCGCUGGUGCUUGGCCCAGACGGAGGAGAUGCUCGCUGCCAAGGCAGCGGCUGGUGAGGCGCGCCGUGCUCGCAAGGCCCGGCUAGGCGAUGCGGAGGGGUAG